UGGAUUGUGCUGCUUUUUUACCCUGAAAUCACUCUUCUUCGUCCUUUUCUAUCUACCCAACUAUUUUCCAUUCCAAACACUUCCCUUACCCUUUCAAGAAUCCCCUACUCCUCCCUCCCACUCUCUAGUAAACAGGGCCCUCUUCCCUCCAAUCCACCACCAUUCCACCCAUAUCUUCUCUCCCCCACACUCAAUCAUUCACAUUCUCUCACUCAAAACCUCCCUCCCAUUCUCAUCAAAACAAGUAACCCAUUAUCACUACCCAAAAAAACCAAGCUAGCUUCCACUCAUGGAUCCCUUAGCCUCCUCUUAUUUCAUUCUCAUUACUCUCCUACUCCUCACUCCCACAGGUGUCAGAGCUACCACCUUCACCUUCCUCAACAGAUGUGACUACACAGUGUGGCCCGGCAUUCUCGCAAAUGCCGGCAGCUCCCCUCUUGAAAGCACCGGCUUCGAGCUCCCCACCGCCACUUCCCGCACCUUCCAAGCCCCCACCGGCUGGUCCGGCCGCUUCUGGGCCCGAACUGGCUGCACAUUCGACGCAUCAGGCACCGGGUCAUGCCUCACCGGCGACUGCGGCUCCGGCCAGGUCGAAUGCAACGGCGCCGGAGCAGCCCCACCUGCCACCCUCGCCGAGUUCACACUCGGCACCCUCGGGCAGGACUUCUACGACGUGAGCCUCGUCGACGGGUACAAUCUCCCCAUGAUCGUGGAAGGCACCGGCGGGUCGGGUAUCUGCGCGUCCACCGGGUGCAGUUCGGAUCUGAACCGGCAGUGUCCCGCGGAGCUGAAGGCGUCUGAUGGCAGCGCGUGUAAGAGCGCGUGUGAGGCUUUUGGCAGCCCGGAGUAUUGUUGCAGCGGCGCGUAUGGGUCACCGGUGACUUGUAGGCCGUCGAUUUACUCGGAGAUGUUCAAGUCUGCUUGCCCGAAAUCGUAUAGCUACGCAUACGAUGAUGCUUCUAGUACUUUUACAUGUACUGCUGCAGAUUAUACGGUUACCUUUUGCCCAUCCUCACCUAGUCAGAAAUCUUCACGAGAUGCUAACCCAGUGACCUCAACCACGCCACAACAAGGGUCAGGGACAGGGAUAGGAACCGGGAUUGGGACAGGAACAGGGACCAAUGGGGGUGUGGUAUACACUGGUCCAGACACCGGUUUAGGGAACUCAGUUCCCGGAACAGGGUCUGGGUUAGGUUCAGGAUCAGGAUCAGGAUCCGGAGGAGAGACCAUGCUGGCAGAUGGGUCAUAUCUAGCUGGUUUAGCCAUGGGAGAUUCCCCAAGAACAGCUUUAAUAUCUGCUUUUGUCUACCUUGCUAGCUUUUUGCUUAUUCUCUUGUUGCUUUAGCAGGUUAUCAUCUUGACUUUUUUUGAUUGAGACUAGGGUAUCAACCACCGAAAUGUAGUGACUAAAUCCUCUCGUUGCGAGUGUAUCAUGGUGGCUUUUAGUUUGUUAAGUGUAAAUGGGUCUUUAGAUUUGCGGGUUUUGAUGGGUUCAUGAAUUUUGGCUUUUGCCACUGAAGCUGGCAGAUUCUUCUUCCUGAUUGUAAACCACCCACUUCAAGAUUCGCUUAAAAAAAUUAUUCCAUGUUUCAUUCGUUUAAA